UUCUUCAUCGCGCCCCUGCCUUUCCUCACCCAUCGACAACAAACCACGAACCACCAUCCACCUCCGUCCACACUACUACUACUUCCACUCCUCGCGUCCAUCACACCUACUACCGACCCGAACAAGAACACAUACCGCUCCCGACACUGUCCUGCGGGACACCACCAGCACACCAUGCCUGGACUGAGCGACCUCGCCACCACGGGCGACGUCAACCGCAUUGAAGCGCCAGUCACCUUCAAGGCCUACCUCAUCUGCGCUUUCGCCUCGUUCGGUGGUAUCUUCUUCGGAUACGACUCGGGUUACAUCAACGGUGUCACCGGCUCGCAAGUCUUCAUCAACCUCAUCGAAACUCCCGGUACCGAAGCUCUUCGCGGCAGCUACCUGUCUCUCAUCACCUCCAUCCUCUCCGCCGGCACCUUCUUCGGCGCCAUCAUCGCUGGUGAUGUCGCAGACAUCAUCGGACGCAAGUGGACUGUCAUCGCUGGUUGCUUCAUCUACAUCAUCGGAGUCGUCAUCCAGAUGUGCACUGGAGUCGGUGGCGAUGCCCUGGGCGUGAUCGUCGCAGGUCGUCUCAUCGCCGGUCUCGGUGUCGGAUUCGAGUCUGCCAUUGUCAUCCUGUACAUGUCGGAGAUCUGCCCCAAGAAGGUCCGUGGAGCUCUCGUGGCUGGAUACCAAUUCUGCAUCACCGUUGGUCUGCUCCUCGCGUCCUGUGUCAACUACGCUGUCCGCAACCGCACCGACCAGAGCGAAUACCGCAUUCCAAUCGGCAUUCAAUUUGCCUGGGGUGUCAUCCUUGGAGGCGGUCUCAUGUUUCUGCCAGACUCUCCACGUUACUUCGUCAAGCGCGGCCGUGUUGAGCAAGCUCGCGAUGCCCUUUCCCGCCUCCGUGGCCAGCCGGGCGAGAGCGAGUAUGUCGAGGCUGAGCUUGCCGAGAUCGUUGCCAACGAGGAAUACGAGCGUUCCAUCAUUCCUGCAACUGGAUGGGCCGGCAGCUGGGCUAACUGCUUCUCCGGAUCCGUCUUCAAGUCGAACUCCAACCUGCGCAAGACCAUUCUCGGUACUUCUCUGCAGAUGAUGCAACAGUGGACUGGCGUGAACUUCAUCUUCUACUACUCGACUCCUUUCCUCGCAUCGACCGGUGCCAUCUCCAACACAUUCCUGAUCUCGCUGAUCUUCACUCUGGUCAACGUGUGCUCCACACCCAUCUCCUUCUACACGGUGGAGAAGUUCGGUCGUCGUCCACUCCUCAUUUGGGGUGCUCUCGGCAUGUUGAUCUGCCAGUUCCUCGUCGCCAUCAUUGGUGUUACAGUCGGCUUCAACCACACCUACAACAUUCCCAACCCUGACGGCGGUGACCCGCUGACCCGUGCCAACAACGUCCCUGCUGUCAACGCCCAGAUUGCUUUCAUCGCCAUCUUCAUCUUCUUCUUUGCAUCGACUUGGGGCCCAGGUGCCUGGAUCUUGAUCGGCGAGAUCUUCCCGCUGCCAAUCCGCUCUCGUGGUGUUGCUCUCUCGACCGCAUCCAACUGGCUCUGGAACACCAUCAUCGCUGUCAUCACUCCAUACAUGGUGGCCACCGAUGAGGCUGAUUUGAAAUCCAGCGUCUUCUUCAUCUGGGGUGGGCUCUGUACAUGUGCUUUCGUGUACUCCUACUUCUUGGUUCCAGAGACCAAGGGCCUGUCGCUCGAGCAGGUCGACCAGAUGAUGGCCGAGACCACGCCACGUACUUCGGCGGCAUGGCGACCAUCAACCACCUUUGCCAGCCAGAUGGGUCUCAAGGAGGGUGGCAUGAAGGAAGUUCUGGAGGAGACGGAGCGCAAGGGCUCCGUCUUCUAGAUGACCAGUCAUGCAUGCAUUUUCGCGUUUUUGGGCGCGCUUACGAAUGGACGAAGCAUUGAGCGAAACGGAUGGCAUACAUACGCAGUGAUACCCGCGGACAUCAUCAAGCCCAGUCGAUGACUGACUGGGCCGAGUGCAUAAUCAGCAAGUAGAUACCGUACCAGAUGAAAGAUGUUGAUUCCAUGAAAGUUGUGCCCUUUUCCAGCUUCAUGUAUGA